CUCAUGUUUAGGUGAAAAAGGAACUUCGAUAAAUGGUUUGUUUCUCCGGCAGUUUCGUUCGCCAAGAGUUGAUUUAUGAGUGUCACGCUUUAGUGACUCGCGAUCGUUUCAUACUGACGACACGUCAUUGGUUUAUGUCGGCCAAUAUAAUUUUCUGAGACAUCGUUGUUUUGGACCAGCGGUAGUAAGGCAAAAUAUACACCAGCUUUGGAGUUCUCAAUCAAACAAUCAGAGAGUUAAUUUCAUUAAAGGUCACAAGAAAUUUUCGGAAAAUUCAGUUCUUUACAUGUAAUUACACUUUUCAUCUUUCACAUGGAGUAGAGCUCAGCUGAGGUUCAAAGGAGCUAAUUGCAACUGUACAAUUAUUAAAAGCUUCAUGGUCAUUUCAUGAUCUUGCUUAUCUUCCUGCAACGGAGUUAGGUAGUUUAUGAAAAUCAUGCCGCUUUUAUUAUUGACUGAUUUAAUCGAUAAAGCUAUCUCUCCGCAGAUGUUUCUCUAGUGUUCUCCAAACAUAGCUGUUGUGAAUUUCAAUUGGAACAUAGGUCCUUCGCCAGAGAUCCCUUUCCCCUGUCCUUGGCAGCUCUUUGCAGAUGGUUUCAGCUCAGUCCAGUUUGAUGUGCUUCAACCUCAGUCGGUCUUCGUGUUGCUUUGAGCCAGUUUCCCGAGACCUUCAUAGAGCGGCGUGCCCCAGCCUGGUCACAUUGGCAAAAGGCUUUCUAAUAGUAUGACCCAACCAGCGCCAUUUCCUAUUUCUGAGUUGCAAUUGUCGAUGCUUAGUGUUGUUCUGCUCUCUCGUGCUAUCGAAAUCAAGGUAAUGCCGGAAACAGUCUGUGUGCGCGGGGACUGGGAAGAGGCAAGUUAAGGGAUUCACCAUUCUCCCCUCUUUAGUCUUAAUGGGGAAAGUGCGAGAUCAGAAGAUUAACAAGUUGUGUUGACUAUAUGGGCAAGAAAAAGAAAAAUUUAGUUGUUUAUUCUGAUCCUCCGGCAUAGGUAUCUAGUGACUGACCAUUUAUGGGAGGUUAGAUCUGCAGUGUUCAUGUGGCUGGGAGCCCCUUAAGUUAAGUGCCCUCCUACGGUGUCGAUAAGCCUUCGACGUUCGACUAUGUCAGUCUUUACGUACUGGUUCGGUCCCUCGCCGGCCAUGUAUCCUAACCAAGAAGUGGAGGAAAGUGGAGAGGAGUUAAUGCUCCGAGAGUAAGUCGUUAGAACAAAUUGGCACAACUGAAGCUACGAAGAUGAAUCGGAAAAAGGUUCGACAUUUUAACUUUUUUAAAUCAAGAUCAUUUACCAUAUCAAUCCACGCUGACAAUAAGUAAAACACCAUUUUAUAUCUUAGGUCGGAGACAAAGAAUAACUUCAAAAAUACUAUCUUGAAAUGAUCAUUUGUUUUCUGUCACCAAGCAAUAACAAUAUCAAUCAAAAAUAAAGCGCUCAUUAAAUAUAAUGUACUUGUCACCUGCCAUACCUACAGUUUCCAUUAGAUUGUUUGACAAAUUACACCGCUAUCUGGCAAAAAUUACACGAUUCGCUUAAAUCACACUCGUCUAAAAGAGGCCGCUUGUUUGUGACAAGUAUAAUUUACUUAAGCAACAGACCUGAACCACGAAAAGUUAAUUACCUGUUGUCUUUGCUUAAGUCCACCUGAAAAAUGGAUUCAUAAUUUAUCACUAGCGCCAGAUCAUAUCACUAUAUGCUCUGGACUCGGCAAGAAAUUGAUUUUUGUUUGGUUUGCCAAAAGGGUCUUACACAGUCAUAUCCAAGGAAAUGUUCCUUCCUUUUGAAAGGAAAUAUGGUUUGUUUAUGCCGCUUAGGGAACAACGACGAUGAUUUUAUGGAUUUUUAAUUCGCUAAUUUUUCUCCUGUGGAGCCGCACCUGCUGCUCUACCAGCCAGCAAAAUGUUACAACAAGGCUCAAGAACUACACGGCCCUAGCGCUGGAUUUCCUGAAAAAUUAUGAAGUUCAAGCAACACAAAUCUACUCAGGCGAGAGUUAAGCCGCCUGGAGAUACGAGACGGACCUAACCGAGUGCAACAGGGAAUUUUCUGUUGUAAACUCCACAUUUGCGAAAGCUUUUAGUAUGAAGGCCAGCAAAAACGCCUCCCUUAUAAACGAUGUCGAUCUCUCAAACGACAUGGCGAGGCAAAUAAGGAUAAUUCGCCGAAAUGUCCUUCCUAAAUCUCAAAGGGACAUGAAAUUAAUAGAUGAUCUUAUUUCAAAUAUGACCAACAUUUAUAGUACCGGGAAACUUUGUAAGAAAAAUAACUACACUAACGAAACGCGCUGUAUGGAACUCGACCCAGACCUCAACGAGUUGAUGGCAAAGUCGCGCGAUUAUGAUGAACUCUUAUGGGGCUGGAAAAGUUGGAGAGACACUGUGGGUCCUCCCAUGAGAACGCUGUACGAAAGACUUGUGGGCCUUCUUAACUCUGGAGCGCGUGACCACGCAUGGGGAGACUAUGGAAAUUUUCAACGCAGCGAAUAUGAAAUGGGAAAUGACUUCCAAUCGGCGAUCAAGAAGUUAUGGAAUGAUCUGAGACUGCUGUAUCAAGAACUUCAUGCUUAUGUGAGGUACAAAUUACACGAGAAGUACCCUCAAGUUCCCUCAAAUGGAACCAUUCAGGCCCAUCUUUUGGGAAACAUGUGGGCCCAGGAUUGGAGUUCAAUCUAUGAUAUCGUGAAGCCUUUUCCCAAGGUCCCAUCUCUUGACGUCACCCCAAACUUGAUAAAGCAGCAGUACAACGCAAAGAAAAUGUUUAAGCUUGCGCAGUCGUUUUUUGUUUCCCUUGGCCUCGAUCCCAUGCCCCAAAUGUUCUGGAAUAAGUCCGUCAUCACAAAACCAAAAGACAGAAAAAUGGUUUGUCAUCCAUCGGCCUGGGAUUUUUGCAAGGGAGACGUAAGGAUAAAGAUGUGCACUGGCGUGAACCAGGAAAACUUGAUUACGAUCCACCACGAGAUGGGACAUUGUGAGUACUAUCUUGCAUACAAGGACCUCCCUUAUGCAUACAGAAGUGGCGCCAAUCCGGGCUUUCACGAGGCUAUAGGGGACACUAUUGCACUCUCUGUGGAGAACCCGAAGCACUUGAAAUCAGUAGGGCUAUUGUACACUGUCGGAAACGAUACUGAGGCGGACAUUAACUACUUAAUGAUGCAAGCUUUACGUCGCGUUGCACCUCUGCCUUGGACGUUACUUGUUGAUCAGUGGAGAUGGAAGGUGUUCUCUGGAAGGAUCACACCUUCAAAUUAUAACUCAGAAUGGUGGCGACUGCGCAUGCACUAUCAAGGUGUGUCAGCACCAAUCCCUCGGACGGAGAAGGACUUUGAUCCUGGGGCGAAGUUUCACGUGGGAUCCAAUUAUCCUUACAUCGGCUAUUUCGUUUCACUCAUUCUCCAGUUCCAGUUUCAUCGCUCACUUUGUGCAAUUUCCAAACACCAAGGAAAGCUUCAUGAAUGUUCUAUUUACAAGUCAAAAGAAGCCGGCCAAAAAUUCAGAGAAAUGCUCGCGGCAGGUCGAAGCCGGCCUUGGCCCCAGACCCUUUACCAUUUGACGGGUGAGCGCGAGAUGACAGCCAGCGCCAUAUUGGAAUACUUUGCUCCCUUACAAGAAUGGCUUGCUAAAUAUCGCUCGAAAAAAGGAUACACUACAGGAUGGAAAAGGAAAAAGGUGUUAUCCACAAGUCCGGUAGUAAGUGGUGCGAGGAAAACAUUGCCCUCUUCAACGCAAAGUUUAUCAAAUGAAAAGACUCAAACGCCCUCUAAUAAAAUGCAAUUAGCCUCAAAAGGAAAGAAUUCAACAUCUAGUGACAAGAACGGAACGGCUGAUGUUACCUUCCCGGAUGUUAAGAAGAACGACGAUGCUAUUAAUUUGGGUAAACCGGAUUUAAAGGCUGCCCUGGCGGCCCUGGGGCCUGCCUUAAAAACGUCCGAGGAAAAUUCAGGCAAAGGCAGGAGCAAUUCGCUCCUCGACCCCAAGUCCGCCAUCUUGGGAACAAAACCGAUGUUCGUUCCCAAUAAAAUCAAAGAUCAGUUGGUUCUAGGUUAAACUCUAAAUCUUUUUAUGGCAUUCGCAUGAUUAAAUUUCAAGACAAUCGUUGCGUUAACUCCACGAAGGGUAUUAGGGAACAAGGAGGUUUGCACGUUCUUGACUCGCGGCUAAGUCGGAGGAUAUGAUAUCCUGCAUGCUUGCAAUUGACCGCGACUCAAGUAGAAUAUAAUUAAUCCGAAGAUCCAAGGUUAGAGUUAAAAGCGGUCUGCAGAACAGUCCGUAUUUUAUCGCGUUACACCACCUAAUUAAAUUAUCCCUCUUUUCGAUCUUUUGCUAGCUUGUUUCAGGCUCUCGAUAGUUGGGGAGGAGCGACAAAGAGAGGGCGAGCGAGGGAAAAAACGAGGAAGGACUGAGGCGAAGAACGGCUUCUCUUCCUCGCCUAAUGAGUCCCCCUCGUUUUUUCUCUCGCUCGCCCUCUAUUUUUCCGCUCGACCCCAACAAGCGGGAGCCUGGAACAGGCUAAUCUUUUGCUAACUGAACUAAGCACCGUUCCAUAGCUCUAGGAAUUUAAACUGUUAACAAACUGUACUGCGUCUGCCCAGCAUAACUUACAGCUGCACCCACCAAUACAAUAUUGCAUUGGUUUCUUAAGGAUUGUUCAGCACGAGAAUAAAUGUCCAUUGACAACUUUCCACUGAGUUUAUUACGUAAAAUAUAUAAAAGGAAUUUGUAAAAAUAAUAAUGCGCAUUAUUAAUAGUAUUCUUAAUAAUAAACUAAAGUGCACACAUUGUCCUGUUGUGUUCUAUAGGGAGUACACUUGCCUCAGACUUGUCUUUAUGAAAGGAAACAAAACAAGAGACUCUGGUAACAGGAAUAGUUAGAAUCCAAUACGCACGCGCCAACUUACUUUUUGUUCUAGCCAUUCUUUACUCAAGAUCCCACGGUAUUUCUGGCCAGCGAGGUAAAAUACCUUGUUUCUGUGUACGUGAAUUAGAGGUCAAACCACUUACUUCCGUCACUAACUUCCACCUUUCUCUAUCUUGGUGAUAUCUGAGGCAUUUAUUCUUUAUAGUCCUAUUUGACAUAUUUAAUUCCUAUGAACGAAUGCCGGAUAAAAAUUCUGUCUUUUCUUUUUAACGCAUAGCUGAUUUACAACUUAUCGUACGUGUGUUA